AUAGAGGCAUGGGCUAAAACAAGGGACUUCCUGUAGAAAAGUAGACUGCGCAUGCUAUGUACAUACCUGAUAAAUUAAUUUUACAAGGCUGUUAUCUCCCUGUCUUGUCUACAGGCUUGCUAUGCAGCAUCAGCUAUUGGAUAUCUAACUGGGAGACCUGGUGUUUGCCUUGUGGUUUCUGGACCAGGAUUAAUACAUGCCCUGGGUGGAAUGGCAAAUGCCAUGAGUAACUGCUGGCCAGUUUUAGUGAUUGGUGGUUCAAGUGAUGUUGAUCAAGAAAGCAUGGGUGCUUUUCAGGAAUUUCCACAGGUUGAAGCAGCAAGACCUUAUGCCAAGUAUUCUGCAAGACCAAGCUGUGCAGGCGAGAUACCAUUCUUUGUUGAAAAGGCUGUGCGAACAACUAUAUACGGUAGACCAGGAGCUAGUUAUCUGGACCUGCCAGGAAAUAUGAUCACAGAGAAAGUGGCAGCCUGUAAGGCAAGGUCAAUUCGUCGUUCUCCAGCUCCUCCAAAGUGUCUUGCAGAUCCAUCUGCAGUGGAAAAAGCAAUCAAGGUUCUUAGUGAAGCAAAGAAGCCUCUUGCAAUAAUUGGCAAAGGUGCAGCUUAUGCACAUGCUGAGAAGCCUCUUCAGGAGUUUGUUCAGAGAUGCAAGUUACCAUUUCUCCCCACACCCAUGGGGAAGGGAGUGAUUUCUGAUGAACAUCCCCUGUGUGUUGCAGCAGCCAGAUCAAAAGCCUUGUCUCAAGCUGAUGUGAUAUUUCUGUUUGGAGCAAGAUUAAACUGGAUUCUGCAUUUUGGGAAACCUCCGAGGUUCAAAGCUGAUGUUAAAAUAAUCCAGAUUGAUCUUCAUGCAGAGGAAAUGGAAAACAAUGUUUCUGCAGAGGUUGCACUUUUAGGAGAUUUGAAGAGUGUAGCAGAACAGCUUGUAGGAGCAGUUAUAAAGACCUUUGGAGAAAGACCAACAAAUCUUUGUGGUUCACCAUCGUGGGGUCGAGAACUGAAGGACAAAUCAGAACUUAACAAGAAAAAGAAUGAGGAACUUGCUAAGGAGACAACAGUUCCAAUGAAUUACUACCAAGUUUAUGGACAGGUUGGAUUCUGUUGAAUAAUACAUGCAAAGGUUUCAUUACCAUAUUUAUACAAACAAGCGCCCAACCUCGAAUUAGCACCCACCUCAAAUAAACCCCAUCCUAAAGGCAGUAAAAGUUAAUAAGCACCCAGCUUCGAAUGAGCAACAGAAGCAACAGCCUUCCCCACAGGUCACAUGACCUAAGGCUAUACCCAGGCCCC